AUGGGACUCAUUCUGGACAGCGUCGAGGUACUUGCGUCAUUGGCUGUAGCCCUGCUCGCAGUCAUCAUUGCAGCGCUUGCUCCGUAUACCUGGGCCAGCUUGCGACCAAGGAACUUCCCUCCAGGACCGAGAGCACUGCCACUGGUCGGAAACUUGCAUCUGAUUCCCAAGUCCAAAGCUUUUGUACUCUUCCACCAAUGGACCAAGAAAUACGGCCCUAUAAUCGGACUCAAGUUUGGGCCAACAAACGUGGUGAUCCUAGACGACUGGAGAGACGUUGAACAGCUCCUCGAGAAGCGAGGCCACCUCUACUCCUCGCGACCGUCCAACUACAUCGCCAACCAGCUCAUCUGCCCAGACGAUACACACAUCCUAUUUGCCCCAUAUGGAAAUACCUGGAAAGCACAGCGCAAGGCUGCCCAAGGCCUCCUGACGCCCCGUGAGCUCGCCGGCAUCGUCCCCAUCCAACAGGCAGAGGCCGUCCAGACAGCAUACGAUAUGGUCCGCGACCCAGGCCGAUGCUACGAGCACAUCGAGCGCUACACUACGGCCGUCAUUCUCGCCUCGGUAUUUGGUCAACGCGGUGAAAGCUUCGACUCUCCCAACAUCCAAGCCUUGUACGACGUCCAGAACCGGUUCACUGCUCUUCUCGAGCCAGGCGCUGCACCUCCAGUCGAUGGUAUUACGUUCCUACGGCAUAUUCCUGAGUUCCUGGCCCCAUGGAAGCGAAAGGCAAAGCAGAUACGACGAGAUCAGAGCGCAUUGUACUCGAGGCUCUACAACGAAACCAAAGCGCGAAUGCAACGAGGCGUCCGGACAGGCUGUUUCAUGGAGAAACUUAUCGACGAGCAGGUUCAAAACAAGCUAGACGACGAGCACACAAUCUACCUAGGCGGGAUCCUCAUGGAGGCCGGCUCAGACACAACAUCGUCGACCCUCAACUCGUUUCUUCUCGGUAUGCUCGAGAAUCCAGGCGCGCUGAAGAGCGCCCAAGACGAAGUUGAUCGCGUGUGUGGCACCGAGCGAUCCCCAACAAUGGCCGACCUGGACCAUCUCCCAUACAUCGAAGCAUGCAUGCACGAGGUCCUCCGCUGGCGACCCGUGGCCGCCGGUGGAAUCCCACACAUGCUCAUGCAGACCGACACAUACAAGGGCUACGUCUUCCCCGCAGGCACGAUCUUCUUCGCCAACACGUGGGCCAUCCACAACAACGAGAGCGAGUACGAUGACCCAGCAUGUUUCAGGCCAGAGCGGUGGCUCGGGGGUAACAAGUACGGCACGAAAGCCGAUAUCCAGCUCGCGCCAGGCGAGCAGCGGAAGAGCUCGUAUGGCUGGGGCGUCGGACGACGGAUCUGCUCUGGGCAGAAGAUGGCCGAGGCAUCGAUCAAGAUCAACAUCGCUAAGAUUGUGUGGGGGUUUGACCUGGAGGAGGUCCCUGGACAUCCUCCUGAUGUCUCGAUUGAGACGGGGUAUGCGGGCGGCUUUGUGAUUCAUCCCAAGAAGUUCCCUAUCAGGAUGACCCCGCGGAGUGAGCAGAGGGCGGAUGUGCUGCAGAGGGAGUUUGAGGCGUUGAGGGGCUUUUAUGAGGGUCUGUCUGCUUAG